GCGAAGUUGCAAACACUUGAUAAACCCAUGGAUAACAUACGAACGGCCAUAGUACGAGUGGCACGGCGGGUCCGCACCCUCGAGCAGUUGAAACAGCGUCAGUCACGUCGGACCGAUGUAGGCACGGUCGGUGGUGGGACGCCGACGGUGCCCAAGUCCCGGAAUCAAAUGGCUGGAUUGAAGGUCACCAACGAGCUCUUGACCCAAGCAAAGCCAUUUCUCCAGGAUUUCGAGAAGGCCAAGUUCAAGGAGUUUCUUGCACCGUUAGAGAUGUCGGGGCUUAAGCUUCUUGGCGACAAGCGACCGUUUGACGCUCGUAAAGCGGUCAACAUGUGGCAGUUGAAAAGAAGCACCAGUAACUUGGUGAUGCACCAGAAGUUCACAGACUCCCAGGCAUUACUUGAACAGACCCUUGGGUUGUUGAAACGACUCACUCCCCCCCAAGUACUUGGCCCCAAGACAGAUGCGGCGACCCUCCAGAUUUUGGAGGAGUAUGAACGGGAAAUACUGAAAUUCAAGUUCGAGGUUCCUCGAUACUUUUUUGGUGAGGUACCCAAGGUGGACGCCAGUAUGUCCAGCGAUCAGUUUGAGCAGUACAUAUACUUUCUUACACACAGCCAAGUUCUCUACAGGGGUUCUUCCAAGCUCAAUGGCGUUGUCAAUGAUAUACUCUUGUAUACCCACAAACUAGAUAACCAUGAGUUCAAACUGAAGCGGAGUGUUACCACUUACAACCAUAUGAUCAAGUGGUAUGGGUACAACAAGAACCAGAGUCUCUUUGCUCGGCUGUUGCUUGUGGCCAUGGAAAAAGAUGGAAUAGAACCGGACAUUCACACCAUAAACAACCUUCUCAAGAUGGUUCGAGUCACCGGACGUAUACGAUCUGUAUCUGAGCCCCUCAAGUUGGUCAACAAGUAUCUCCGACUUUGUGGCCACUACAAGCUCCAGGCGAACCUUGUGACAUGGACCCGAGUGUACCAGGUUCUUACCAAUGUGUACCUCAAGGAGAUGUUUUUAAACCGCGUGAGUAUGGAACAGGUGCCAAUUCCACGGGAAAUGGUGUACAGUGUAAUGGAUGACUACAUGGUAGGGUGCCUGGGAGUUACAGAGUUGGUACAGUUUGUGGAGAGAGAGCUUCGGAUGCCUGAACAGGUGUGGCAGGAAGAUCUGAAGAUAUUCAAUAAGGUCAACUAUAUGGCUGCAAAGUGUGCCACGAGCGCCGGGGAAAUUGCCAGUGGUGCUGCAGGCCGGUGCCACGAUUCCCAUACCAAUGAACACGUGAUCCGCGGACUUCGGCAGAAUCAAAACUUGUCUGAGCCAGACAAGAUCAAUGCUAUUCUCUGGGUGUACAAAGGAGAUAGUCCGGCGGUGAUACGGUAUGUGGUGGAUCUGUUGAGUCGAAUAGAAUUCGAUAUCGAUGGUAUGCACAAAGCUACUAACAAGCUCGUCUAUGACUUCCAGCAGCUUAGUCUGUAUGAAAAAACCGGUGAUGUUAUCAGCAGCAUGAAGCUGCACAUUCUGAGUUUCGAUGCGGUGAUGGCCAAAUUGCAGUACUUUAAGCGGCGCAUUGAACCGAAGGACUGGGAAAUACCGGUGCAGUUGGAUGGCACAAACACAUUUGUGGUGCCUGAGAAGUAUCUACGGAGGAGGCACAUGGGAGUAAUCAAGGCCAUUAAUCGCAGUAAGCUUGUGGCUGCGACCAGCCUUGGGGAGCGGUUAAGAGAGCGGGAGGUGGUGGCCCGCCAGCCGCGCGCCUAG